AUGGCGGCGCCCAGCGGGAGGAGCGGCUGCUGCGCGUGGGCCUUGCUGGUGCCCGCGGCCCUGCUGUGCCUGGCGGCCCGGGCGGCCGCGGGACCGGGAACGGCCCCGGGAGAGGCCCCCAGCACGGCCGAAUUCGACGUGCGGCCCGGCGGGGAAGUUCACUCCUUCUCCCGGAGCCUGGGGGAUUACAGCUGCUCCUUCACCUACUCGGCCCAGGGCGGCACCAACGAGCAGUGGCAGAUGACGGUCGGAGUGAGCGAGGACAGCGGGCUCUUCUCCUGCUCCAUCUGGAGGCCCCAAGGGAAGUCUUAUCUCUUCUUUACCCAGUUUAAAGCUGAAGUGAAAGGAGCCAAGAUAGAGCAUGCCAUGGCUUAUUCUCAGGCUGCCACGGGUGCCCUGAACGACAUCCCCCUAAAACAGGAGGAGUUUGGGGUCACUGAAACCACAGUGUCUCACAGGGAAGGCAAGUUCCGUUUCGAGCUGUCCAAGCUGAUGAUUGUGGCAAAACCCUCCCGUGAUGAGCUGUGAGCCCAGGCCAGCCCUGGGCAGGGGCCGUGGCCACACCAGCACGGCAGGGAAGGCAUUUCCUGCUUACCUGCAGGGUUUUUCUUCUGGUUGGCCAAACCUUUUAUGUUUUCCAUACUACAGUGUGCUGGGGACCGACACGAGUGGGGGCUUGGAGGGCUGGGGACAGAUUUGUUCUGCCUUGUGUCAGAGUAACAGCCCAGGAGGCUCCUGAUCCUCCUGUGCCCCUUCCUGCGUGGCUGAGCAGGGCAGAGCUCAGCAAAGGGGCUCCUUAUCUGCCUGCCUGGGAAGAGCAGUGCCGGGAGAUAAGGGGCUGGACUAAAGCAGGGCUUGCUAAAGGGAGGUUUUAACUCUGUAGUCUCUGGAGGGGAGGUGGGAUUGCAGCGUGACAG